AUGGACUCGUUAAAUCAAUCCGCACAUAAUUUAGCAAAGAUCUACGAAGGUGAUGAAGACGAUUCAGACGCACAUACAAGAGCAGGAUUAAGCGGAUGGUUCGCCCGGAAGAAACCCACGACUCCUCCGAAAAAAGAAAACAAAGAUAAGGAUAAAGACAAAGACAAGAAAAAAGAAGAAGAGAAUAAAAAGAAACAAGUACAAACAAGUCAAGAGGAGAUGAAGAAAAAAGAAGAAGAAGCCAAGAAAAAAGCCGCGGAGGAAGCUAAGAAAAAGGCUGAGGAAGCCAAAAAGAAGGCGGAUGCUGAUGCUAAACGUAAAGCUGAAGAAGAAGCGAAGAAAAAACUCGAAGAGGAAAAUAAAAAGAAACAAGAACAGGAACAACAGCAGCAACAAGUUGAGGAAGAUGAGGAGACACCCCAACAACCGGAAACAUCUGUUGCGGAAGCUAAACCUGUUGGUCUAGCUGUUGCAGGAAUAGGAGGAGUUGCUUCUAGUAAACCUGUAGCAACAGCCGUCGUAGGUCCUGGUGGUCUUGCAAUAGCGCGUCCUGUUGGCACCGCCAUCGCAGGAGUUUCCCCUGAUCAAGCACUGGUACCGAUUUACGCGGAAGGUUUUGUCAUGCCCAAACCCUCAGCGACAAAAGACAAGAAACCAUCUCAUUCCACAGAUUAUCUCAAUAAAAUCAUCAGCAAAUAUCAUCAAGUUUAACUAUAAUGCUCACAUAAUAUUUAUUUAUAUUCUAUUUACUAUUUAUCGUAUAAAAAUAAACUGUUUAAAUUUAUUUUCGAUAGUUUCGUGAAUAAAGUAAAUAAACGCAGCCUUGAAAAAGAAA